ACAGUAUAUACUCUCGCGAGUGUGUAUAGAGAGCAAGCAGCGAGCAGAGGUGGGCAACAGAGAGCCAAAGUGUGGAGUGGUGGGAGGCGGCGGGGCGUGAUCGCCGCUAGGCCCCCGCCGCCGCGACGGCGAUGUCGGCCAGUUAGCGCGGAACCGUUGCCUUGACGACACACACACACGUGUGCGCGCGCGCGCUCUCUCUCUCUCUCUCUCUCUCUCUCUCUCGACUCUUGCACCUAUACCGACAAGUAUACCUAUACCACCCGUAUUUUUCUCGGGAAUAGUCGGCCGCGCGCAGUACCGAUCGCCAGACUCUCGCGGUGCCUCGCCGGGUGUUGAUGUUGUUGUUCCUGCUGCCGGUGGUGGUGCUGCUGCUGUUGCUGCCGUUUACGCCGAACUCGCGGACGUUGUGCGCCGCUACCGGGAAUCCCUGGCAGUUACAUACUUGACACUUUGUGCAGGCGACUGUCGGUGCGCUGAAGUAAUACUCGCAACAGUUGUUCCCCGAAGUGCGCAUAUAUCGAGAGAGGAAGCGAGCCCCGAGGCUAAGGAAGAAAUAGUGAUCGCGUCGGUCGCCGGGGGGAUGGACGGCGGCCGCGGAGGGAAUCAUGCUGCCCCAGAGUGCCGGCGCCCGGGACGCAGACUCUAACCACUGGCUCAUCGUCCUCUUCUCUUGCAGCGACAGCGGCGAAGUUCGAGGAAGCGCCGAGAAGGAGCAGCCGCGCAAGCUCAGAGACAGCCGAUCGUUGGUGAAGGUUCGGCGAAGAAGAAGCAUCCGGGUGCUGCGGCCCGGUCGGCGCUUGGAUGCUGCGCCGAGCGACUCAACCCCAGCAGGUCAGCAGCUGCGCAGCCGCCGCCGCCGCCGCCGCCGCCGCCGCCGUCGCCUCGAACCCGACUCCUCUGAGCAGCCCGGAGCAGCAACUCAGCUGCUACGAGGACAGCCUGAUCGCCGACGAGGGCCAUCCCCUCUUCUGGGACGACUACGUCUCUAGCGUCCUGCUGCCUGCGAGCAGCUGCAUGGAGGCGAGCGUGUGCUGUCUGCCCAGCGCUGGCCAGCCGUCGGCCGCCGACGCUGUGCUGGUGCAACAGCAGCAGCAGCACCAGCAGCAGCACCAGCAGCAGCACCAGCAGCCGCAACAGCAAGUGCAAGCCGGCGCGGGAUCGGCGGCGGUGGCAGCGGCCUUUCAUCAGUCCUACGCCGACCAAAUCGUGCCGGAGAGGCUCACGCCGAACGGCCUGAACGAGGCUAGUGCGAACGGUAACGGGGUGAUCGCUGGACUCACGGGACUGCUCAGUGCCAGUGCUGCGGGCGGAGCUGCCGGGCUGCAGGAUGUGCAGCUCUCGUGGCAGGGACAGCCCACGGCGACGGUGCACACCGUCGCCCCGGCCUACGUCGACUACUCCUGGCUUCAGAUGCAGACGUCGGACCUGGACACGCUGCUCUGCCGACAGGAUCUGGAACGGCUGCAGAGGCUCGACGACGACGAGAAGGAUGCCGGAAGCCAGAUGGAGGAGUUCUUCGAGGUCGGCCCUCCGGGCUGUCGAGCACCUCAGGCGAGCUUCGUCGCCUCCUCGAGAAGCUCCGGGGGCAGCAGCGCGACCAACGCGACGCACUCGACCUCGGACGACGACGUCUUUCUCAGGCCGCCUCUCUGGGAGGACAUCACGUCCAGCAUACAGAAGCUCGACCCGGAAAACGCCGACAUGCUCGGCCAGUCGCAGACGGCGUCGCAUUUACACGUGAAGCUGGAAAACGUGACGGACGAGUCGACGCUGUCGUCCCCGCAGCCGGUGCUGUCGCCCCAGGAGGUGAAAACCGAGCCACAGUCCCUGCCCACGCUGCAUCUCCUCGAGGCGCCGACUUCGUCGUCGAGCUACACGACAGCUGGCAGGCCGGUUCAUCACAGAACCGCCGCCUUCAAGGUCUUCCCAUGCACCAACAACAACAACCCCAGCGCCAGUAACAACAACAGCACUACGCACAACAGCACGUCAAACUCGGUCGACCAGCAGCAGCAGCAGCAGCAGCAGCAGCAACCCUCGCCGGCGAACGCGACGUCAGCGUUGUACGGCUCGAUGACUAGAUUAAUGUACGUCUCGCCGCUGACACCCCCGAUCUCGGAUCCAGGCUCGCCUCUGGGGGCCGGACCACCUCGGAGGACACCUCCGCCACCGUAUCCUCAACCUCCUCAGCCGACGGCCGGCUCGAAUCCGAUGCUGCAGUCGAACGCGGUCACGGCAGCUGUGACGCAUCGGAUCCAGCAGCAGCAACCGCCGACGGGGGUCCACGCCAAGUUCAACCGGCGGAACAACCCCGAGCUCGAGAAGCGACGGGUUCACCAUUGUGAUUUCAUAGGAUGUACCAAGGUCUACACGAAGAGUUCGCACCUUAAGGCCCAUCAGCGAAUACACACCGGUGAGAAGCCGUACCAGUGCCAGUGGCCGGAGUGCGAGUGGCGCUUCGCGCGGAGCGACGAGCUGACGCGGCACUACCGGAAGCACACCGGCGCCAAGCCCUUCAAGUGCGCGGUCUGCGAGAGAUCGUUCGCCCGCAGCGAUCAUCUGGCCCUCCACAUGAAGCGGCACCUGCCCAAACAGCAUCCCAAGUGAUACCGCCGACACCAGUCCGAUCCUAACACGAGAAUCUCUUCUACUUCCUCGUCAACCACUAUACUACUUACUCUAUGAUGCGUAUUAGUCUGUGCGCGAGUGUGCGUUUGUGCGACUGAGACUAUACAUGUAUUUGCUGCCCGCGCGCCAACGAGCCAUCACUGCGGCGUGUGCGUUGUCAUACGGAGCUUUUUUUGUAAGCUCGAAGUAGCGCGUUUUGGAGAACCGCGAGAAAAAGGGGAAAAAUAUUGGCUGAAUUGCGUGUACUCGAUAAUGCCAAGACGAUAAGUCUUAUCUCCCGUGUGCGCUGCGCUUUUUUCGAGGGGCAAGGAGCGAAUGCACCGUAUAUUUAUUUUACUCAAAGAUUAUUUUAUACGAACUUGAAAACGCUUUCAAGAAGAUUUUUAAGAACAAAUAUUAUACUUUAGGCACUGAUUUUUUUAUAGCGUUUUGCACUCUUUCUGAUUUUACUCUGAGCGCGGAGAGCAAAUUUUACUCGAAUUAGUUACUUUUUGGAGCCUGUAAGUUCUUACGACGCAGUAUUAUUUCGUUUGGAAACAUCUUGCUGUUCCGUUUGAUCAAGGUUGGCGAUCUUUUAAAAAUUUGCAUGACAAAUUUGUACAUUUUAUUGUUAUUGUAUACAGGUGCAAUAUUGUAACAUCACGAGUGCAAUCGGUCCACGUGAAAUACGAGUUUCCUAAGUUGUACAGAUCUAUAUAUAAACACACACACACACACAGUUGCGUACUUAAUAUCGUAAUUAAAACUGACUCGUCAAACUCAUUCACACCUAGGCUACGUACAAGCGAAGAUUCAAAUUAAUCGUCUAGGAUAUAAGAUCGAGCCGCGUGUAAUGCGAUCCUAUAAAAGAGACUAGAGAAGUAAGAGCGAUCUAUGCUGGAACGCUUCCCGAACAUCAAUCAAAAAAGGUCGUCUAAUGUACAGCAGCAUCGGGCGCGCAACCUCUCAUUUGUAAUAUGGCUGUCGGCGCGCUUUCGGUGGCUGGUCCACCUGUUCACGUCUCUCACGAGCACUUAAUAAAUGUACGAUAUACACAAAUUAUAUAGAUAGACGUAAAGCAAACAAACAAACAAGAAACUUAUAUGUAUACCUUAUACUCAAAUGUUGCUGACAAGAGGAGAAUUAUUAUUAUUAACGUAGAGAUGAAUGGUAGGUUUUAACGUCGCUGUUGAUAGGAUUUGGCGACGCUGCUUUUCCUUCUCGAGGACUAGAGCGCGCGUAUACGCAGAAAUUAGUGCUCUUUCCGAGAUUAAUAAUUUAUGAGUAGCCCGAUUCGAUUUUCGUCAUUUCCCAUCAGUUUCUUCCUCUGUUGCUCGCGAGCCAUUCACUCGAAAAUGUAUGCAUAUUUGAGAUAUCGAUGCCGGGCCUCAUCCUUUUUCACGCCGUACGUACGGCUAUUUUCUAAUCUCGCUUCCGGUCCUCGUAAAUACUACUGUACCGAAAGCAAGAAAGUUUCAUUCAACGAAAUUCUUAAAUGGAACGCGUCUUCCCGACUAUAGAAAAAAAAAUAGAAGAAUUGAAACUAAAGUCUGUCCUUUCAUUAGCGAGCGGAAAUAAGGAAAAGAAACUUAUGUAAUGCGUCUCGAGAAGGAUAUACGCCAAGUCGCCAGUCCGAACGACGCAGAAUGUGCUAACUUUAUUGAUAUUCAGACGAUACGUCCGAGCAGCGCGAUUGGCGCGCGCGGAGAGCGAGAAUCCCUUUCGCGCUCUGUUCCCAAAGACUUUAACGACGUUUUUUUUCGCGCAAGCAUGAUUUCUAUACGUUAUUUUUUUAUCAUCUAUACCGCAUAAGAGAGCAAAUUGAAGAAAAAAAAAUUACUCAAGUAUGUUAAAGCAACGCUUUUGCCGGCUCGGCUGUAGCGAGAAAGGAAGUGAGGAGUUUCUCGAAAUUCUUUUCUUUGCGUAAUCGUAUUCGAGUGUGUGUACUUAUGACACGUUCGAGAUGAGAAGAAGAAAAUAAAGGUGCCGGUGAAAGUGUCGACCGAGAGAGCAACGUACAUAUCA